GCGGGAAUUUGGGGAGGAUCCCUGGCCGGGCCGGUGCGUGUGUGUAUGUGAGUGUGUGUGUGAGUGUGCCGGUGAGCGGCGCGGGGCGGCUCCGGCCGCCUGACGCCAGCCGGGCCACAUCCAUCCUGAUCCCGAUCCCGGCGCGGAGGAGCUGCUUGCUGGCCGCCCGUCACUGUCCGUCAGCCGGUUGUCAACCAGAAGGAUUUAGAAUAAUGAGGAGGUUGUGACCAUCAAGGGGGGAUGUCAGCACUGCCUUCCUGGGAUUGGAGGAUUGAAAAGGAGAAAGGACCAGAACUAUUUGAUCCAGGCUGCUUUUGACUUCUGACUCAAUCUGCUGUACCCUGGUGGUGGUGGAAGAACAGGGCAGUCGUUCCUGCUUGGUUCUGUGGUAUCACCACAGCGAGGUCACCAUGAAUGUAACAAGUUUAUUCUCCUUCACCAGCCCAGCAGUGAAGAGGCUGUUGGGGUGGAAGCAAGGGGAUGAAGAAGAGAAGUGGGCAGAGAAAGCUGUUGAUGCAUUAGUGAAAAAACUGAAGAAGAAGAAAGGUGCUAUGGAGGAGCUGGAGAAAGCACUAAGCUGUCCUGGCCAGCCCAGCAACUGUGUCACAAUUCCUCGUUCCCUGGACGGCCGGCUCCAGGUGUCGCACCGGAAGGGGCUCCCGCACGUCAUUUACUGCAGAGUGUGGCGCUGGCCCGACCUGCAGAGCCACCACGAACUGAAACCUCUGGAAUGCUGCGAGUUCCCCUUUGGGUCAAAACAGAAGGAGGUUUGCAUCAAUCCCUACCACUACAAGCGGGUGGAAAGUCCUGUUCUUCCUCCGGUGCUGGUGCCGAGGCACAGCGAGUACAACCCCCAGCACAGCCUCCUGGCUCAGUUCCGCAACCUGGGGCAGAACGAGCCCCACAUGCCGCACAACGCCACCUUCCCGGACUCCUUCCAGCAGCCCAGCAGUCACCCCUUCCCACACUCGCCCAGCAGCAGCUACCCCAACUCGCCUGGGAGCAGCAGCAGCACCUACCCACAUUCUCCAGCCAGCUCAGACCCGGGAAGUCCUUUCCAGAUGCCAGCUGAUACUCCCCCGCCCACUUACCUGCCUCCGGAAGAUCCGAUGACACACGAUACCUCGCAGCCCAUGGAUACCAACAUGAUGGCACCUGCAAUUCCCCCUGACGUGCACAGAGGAGAUGUCCAGGCCGUUGCUUACGAAGAGCCGAAGCACUGGUGCUCCAUCGUCUACUACGAGCUGAACAACCGCGUCGGGGAGGCGUUCCACGCGUCCUCCACCAGCAUCCUGGUGGAUGGCUUCACUGACCCCUCCAACAACAAGAACAGGUUCUGCCUGGGGCUGCUCUCCAACGUCAACCGCAACUCCACCAUUGAGAACACGAGGAGGCACAUUGGCAAAGGUGUCCAUCUCUACUACGUUGGAGGGGAGGUGUACGCUGAAUGUUUGAGCGACAGCAGCAUCUUUGUGCAAAGUCGGAACUGCAACUACCACCACGGGUUCCAUCCCACCACGGUCUGCAAAAUCCCCAGUGGCUGCAGUCUGAAGAUUUUCAAUAAUCAAGAGUUUGCUCAACUCCUGGCUCAGUCUGUGAACCAUGGCUUUGAGACAGUGUAUGAGCUUACUAAGAUGUGCACUCUCCGGAUGAGUUUUGUAAAGGGUUGGGGAGCUGAAUAUCAUCGCCAGGAUGUAACGAGCACUCCAUGCUGGAUAGAGAUACAUCUCCAUGGUCCCCUUCAGUGGCUGGAUAAAGUACUUACUCAGAUGGGCUCUCCUCAUAAUCCUAUUUCUUCAGUGUCUUAAAAGGUCCCAAGCUCCUGCAUUUUGGAAACAGUUGAGCCUUGCAUGUACUUGAAAGAUGUAUGAGUCAGACACACGUUUUUAUUUUUUUUCCCCCUCCUCAGCUGGCAACAGCUGAAAAAGAGCCAUGAAAACACUUGACUUCUGUGACCAACUGCUGGGUUCAGAAAACAAAGAUAAAUAAACCCCUUUGACAUACUGUUGGUAUAAAGAAUUUUAGUUUACAUUGUAAUGUACUGUUGUGGAGUUGAUUUACAGGGCUUAGUACAAGAGGGGCAACAGAGCCAAAGCCAAACUCAGUGUGCUGGACAGAGUUCCCAAAGGAUUUUCCUGCAGCCGUCACUCUUAAGGUUCUCCUUCCUUACAUUCAGCACUCACUUGUUUCCCCCAUGUCCUCUGGAGCUGAGAGUGGAUGUUGGCCAAGUCUACUUUCUGCAGCCCCUCUUCAGUACUUCUUGGAAACAUUACACUGUUCUCUUUAAAAGUAAAAGAAAGCAUAAGGUUUAAUCUCAGUAACUGUGUGCUAUCUCUGAAAUUGUGUCCUGACCAUACUGCUGUAAGAAUGUUAGGUAUGUUCUUUUGCUAAAUGUAUGUAUGGUGUAUUUGAAAGUUUAGAAAUUAAUUAGAUUUAGACCAUAAAAGAAUUAGGAAUAUUUGAAUGGGGGGAGGUGGGAGUGGGAGGGGAAAAUGACAGCUGAAAUGUAGAAUAUAUUGUAAACAUAGCGUGUUAGUUUAAACUGAGGUCUGAAAUUUGUUGUGCAUUUUGUUUUCAUAGUGGCUUCAUCUUGUUAGUUCUGACUAUUUUUUGCCUCUUCCUUUUCCCCCAAAGCAAUUGUGCAGCUUCUUUUACCCAUGAAGAGGACAAAAUUAUUAAUUACUGCAGUUUGAAGGCUGUAGCUAUAUGUAUUUCAAGACAAAUUUGUACAGAGUGCUCUCUAACUAUUGAGCAGUUUUAUACAGUUUAUGUAACAAAAGUAGGCUUUUAAUUUUGUGAGAGAAUCUUGUUUUGCCAAACCUAUUAACUGUUAAUUGUCUGGAGGACUUCAGUAUCCCUUUGGGGGGUCUAUUUCAAACUUAAAAAAUAUAUAUAUAUUUUUAAUUUUUUUUGCUUAGUUUAUUUUCUUCUCUUUGCUGUUUUAUAUUCAUGUAAGCUGUAGUACUUUCAAGUACUUUUAUUCCAAAACUAGUGGGUCCUCUUUACUGGAAAUUUUGAAUAAAACCUGUUGUUACUGCU